UUCUCCUCACCUCACGCUCUCUUUCUCCUCUCUUCCAAUUCAACCAAUUCAUUCCUCCCCUCCCCCCGCCCCUCUACCCGCUCAACAACGUUCCUCGAUUUUCUCCCCCGCCCUUGACACCCUCGCAUCGACGACGACAGACACUGUAUCACUUUGAUCUUUUCGCUCCUCAUUCUUUCUUCACGAACAAUGCUUUCGCGGCAGCCUCGCCUCGCAGCAGGCGCGCUGCUUGCUGCUCUCCUCCCUGCAGCCCUUGCACAGUCGCCUGGUGCCAUCGUCGAAGUGGGCAACACCAAGGUCUCUGCAAUGAUGAUGUUCGUUGGUAACGACGAAAAAGUCUACAUCCUCGACAAGGCAGAAUCGAAUAGUGAGACAAUCAACGGACAUCCUGCCUGGGGUUCCGUCUAUGACCUCUCAUCAAACCAAGCGACGUUGAUGGAUGUCACCACAAACGUCUUCUGCGCGUCAGGAAUGCAUCUUCCUAAUGGCUCUUUCGUCACCUUCGGCGGUAACGGUGCUGUUGGUCCAGGUGGGAAUCUGGGUAGCGUCAACAAUGGCUUUGUCGGUUCAUUCGACGCGACCGUCGGCGAUUACGAUGGUCGCAAGUCAAUUCGCGUCCUCAAUCCCUGUACAGGUGCUCCAGGCUCCUGGGAUCCCUCUUGCCAAUGGUUCGACAACCCAGCAGUGCUCUCCAUGCAAAAAGACAGAUGGUACUCUGCUGCGGAACCCCUCGCUGACGGCUCAAUCGCCAUCAUUGGAGGCUUUGUGAACGGAGGAUACAUUAACCGCAACUACCCAAAUACGGAUCCAGCAUUUGAGGGAGGCGCAGCUGAGCCGACGUACGAGUUCUUCCCUUCCAAGGGGCAAGCAACGAUGAUGCAGUUCAUGGUUGAUACUUCUGGUCUCAACUCGUACGCCCACACGUUCCUGAUGGCAUCGGGGAAGAUGUUCGUUCAGGCAAAUGUAUCUACAGUGCUUUGGGAACCAGACACCAAUAUAGAGCAUCGGCUUUCUGACAUGCCGAAUGGUGUUGUUCGUGUAUACCCGGCAUCUGGCGCGACUGCCAUGUUGCCGCUCCUGCCAGAGCAGAACUACGAACAGACGAUUCUUUUCUGUGGCGGUACGGACAUGAAGGACAACCAGUGGGGUGACUACUCUUUCCCGGCCAUCAACACAUGGGACUACCCUGCCUCGAAGGACUGCCAACGUAUUACUCCCGAGCCCACUGACGGAAGUACCCCAGCUUACCAACAGGAUGACAACAUGCUUGACGGUCGCUCCAUGGGCCAAUUCAUUGCGCUCCCAGACGGCACGCUCUUGGUGGUUAAUGGCGGUCGCAACGGCACGGCUGGUUACGCGCAGGCAACGGGUCAAACGCCCAACUUCAGCGAUAUGCCUUACGGCGAGAGUUUGUGCGCCGACCCCGUGUAUACACCGGCGAUCUACGAUCCCUCGAAACCGGCGGGUUCUCGUUGGUCAGAGGAUGGCCUGCAGGCGUCCAAAAUCCCGCGAUUAUACCACUCUAGUGCACUGCUUCUCCCGGACGCGAGCGUGCUUAUCGCGGGUUCAAACCCUAACGUUGACGUCAAUCUUACAACCGUCUUCCCGACCACAUACAAAACGGAGAUUUUCUACCCACCUUACUUUGGCAAGACGAGGCCGCAACCGCAGGGUGUACCGACUCAAUACACGUACGGUGGCAACUACUUUAACGUUACUGUCCCCGCAAGUUCGUACAGUGGCAGCGCGAACGAUGCGGCGAGCAACACAAGUGUAUGGCUCAUGCGCCAGGGUUUCACUACUCACGCGAUGAACAUGGGUCAGCGCGCGAUGAAAUUGAACAACACCUUUACGGUAAAUAGUGACGGUUCCUACGUCCUACACGUCUCUCAGCCGCCCCCGAACGCCAACCUUCUACAACCCGGACCAGUUUUCACUUUCGUUACUGUUAAGGGAGUCCCGUCUAAUGGUACCUACGGUAUCGUCGGUAACGGUCAGCUCGGUACUCAACCGACGGCUGACGUAGCUCCCCUUCCGGACUCGGUUCGACUCGACACUGCUUCUGGCUCUGCAGACCCGAGUAGCUCAAACUCAGAUGCAGGCGGCAGCAGUGGCGGCUCAAGCCACACCACCGCGAUUAUUGGAGGCAUUGUUGGAGCUGUUGUGCUCAUUGGUUUGCUCGGCGCCGGUAUCGGUAUCUGCAUGAAGAACCGUCGCCAGAAUGCUGCCGCUGCAGCAGCUGUAGGUGCAUCUGGUGCUGGCAUGCCGGGUGCAAUGCGUCAACGCGAUUCGGACGCGACGAUGAUGCCCUUACAAGGCGCAUACAACAAUGGCAGCACAACAUGGGGAAGCAUGGCAGACCUACGGAGUCCAAGCCCAUACAAGGACUCUGGUCGUGCGACUCCGAGUGCAGAAUUCGAUCCUUACACGCAUGCACCUGUGCGCUACUAAACUAAUGUGAAAGAGAGAAAAAACUAGGAUUUACUUUCAUCGUUAUAAUGUUUUUUGGCUCUCUCGCGUGUGGAUAGAUUGGAUGGACUAUUUUACUACUUCACGAGCUAUGUUGUUUCGCCCGUUUUUUCCCUUAAUUCUUCGUCGCCUUGUCGCUGCCUCCUCGCGCGCCUUGCCACUCUUUGCCUCAUCGUCCUCUUGUCAUGACCUUGCCUCCGUUUAUCCCUGCUAGUUACCCUUCGCAUUUCCUCCUUUUCCCUCCCUUCUUUCCCUUGUCGCCGUCGUCGAAGCAACUUUCCGCAGACUCAGAACAAAGUCAACUGGACACCAACCCAGGGUUGUAUUUAUCCUUCCCUAUUUCAAAUUAUACAACGUUACGGACUCGUCACACACUUGCCUUUACUCCCGCUCCACGCACGCUCGACCGGAAUCCAUUUACUAGCUAGCUAGUUAGUGUUUAGUGGUAGUGGUAGAAGUAGCUGGUAUAGUAGUGUUAGUUAUGUUUCGUUUCACUCGCUUGCUUGCUUGCCUCAUUAUCAAUUACUUUCACUCACUCACUCACUCUCGCUGUUUCUUGCUGCGAUCACACUCGUUUCUUCUAGUCACUCUUUUCUUGAAAGCUUUAUCUGCCCGUAAGAGCUUUGUCUGUUUUUACAGAAAAGCUUUAGCGAGUAUGGAUGGCUUUAUUUUAGCCCCUGUGGGGUGCAAAUUAAUGGACUCUUCCUCCGCCUUGGCCCCUUUUCUUGCAUUACUUUUAGUUUAGCUAUCUUCCGCUAGCUUUUUUAGGUUUUGCCUGCCUUCCCGCUUGCACCUUUUAUUUUCUCUGCAAACGAAGCGAUCCAUCUUGCCUUCUACUUUCUUCAUUUCUUGCGAAUUGAAAAUCUCUACCUACAAUACAUACCAAAUCUCUCACUCGCAUAAGUAUGUAUGUGGUGAUAUAAAGUUUUUGUCGGGGCGUACGUGUGUUUUUCUUUUGGGUUUAUUUAUGCGUGUUGAUUUAUGUUAUGUGUUGGAGCUGUUGAGCGUUUCAGAAGAUUUAGGGUGAAAACAUGAGAAGCCUGUGUGGUA